CUGAGUGUGCUGUUGAAGCUGAGGGCUGCUCUGUUUCUGAUACGUAGCCAGCAGAGAGAGAAGCAGAGAGGAGAGCAGCUCGUUGUCUGCUCAUGUUGUUCUCCGGGUGGAGAGUUUGACUACAGUCCUCCAGACAAAGACCAGUGACCAGAGAGAAAGCUUUACUGUAACCAGCGCUGGACGUAACGUGACUCACGGCCUGUGUUGAGCUGCAUCGCCCCCCUGGAUCUUCACCAGACAGGACAACCACCUGCUGUGUCCAGUUGUUUCAUUUGUUUACAUCUCUGUCGCCAGUGGGGAGGCUGUGCUCAAAUAAGAAAAAGGACAUCUGCAGCAAGGACCUGCCUUUAUUUCCAGCACAGCUGCUUUUUACGGACUUUACAUUAAUUUCCCUGGGAUUAAAUCAACAUGAGAAACCGAUUAAUGGUGAAAAUAAUGAAAUUCAUUGGUAUUAUUGCCCAUGAGGGCAACGUCAAGAUGGCCAUUUGUACUUGUAUUGAUUCUGGGUUCAGUGUGCGGAGCUCCAUCCCCUAGUUAUCUUGAUGAAGGCCUUUUUCUGACAAAAAAUAAAGGGCCACUUGGGGCCAAGAGGUGGGAGUGCCGCGCCUCCUCUGCCAUCUGCUCUGCCCUCUGAUUUCAACCAUUUGAUAGAUUUCAUCGCCCUCCUGACUUCAAGAUGGAGCUCUUCUUCAACCCUUUCGACAACCUGGUGUGUAUCCUGCUGGGCAUCUCCUUCACAGUGUGGUUCACCCUGCUGCUGGUCUUCAUCAUCGUGCCUGCCAUCUUCGGGGUGUCCUUUGGCAUCCGACGUCUUUAUAUGAAAACCUUAUUAAAGCUCUUUGAGUGGGCUACACUAAGGAUAGAGAGAGGAGCGAAAGAAAAUAAUCACCAAUUGUACAAACCCUAUUCAAAUGCUAUCAUUGCCAAGGAGCCCACCUCCCUGGAGGAGGAGAUCAAGGAGAUCCGGCGGAGCGGCAGCAACAGAGACCUGAACUCGGCCCCCGAGUUCGAGAUGUCUGACAUCUUCUAUUUUGCUCGGCGAGGAGUGGAAAGCAUCAUGGACGAUGAAGUGACCAAGCGGUUCUCUCCUGAAGAGUUGGAGUCCUGGAAUCUGCUGACCCGCAGCAACAACAACUUCCACUACAUCAGCCUGAGGCUGACCGUCCUAUGGGGGCUGGGCCUGCUGAUCCGCUACGGCUUCCUGCUGCCUCUCAGGGUAACUCUUGCCUUCACUGGUGUCGGCCUCCUCGUGUUCCUCACCUGUGUCAUUGGGCUGCUGCCGAAUGGAAGGAUGAAAAACUUUCUGAGUCAGCAAGUCCAUUUGAUGUGCUACAGAAUAUGUGUCAGAGCUCUGACUGCCAUUAUAACCUACCAUGACAGUGAAAAUAAACCCAAGAAUGGAGGUAUCUGUGUCGCCAACCACACCUCACCCAUCGAUGUUAUCAUCCUGGCCAGCGAUGGCUGCUAUGCUAUGGUUGGCCAAAUUCACGGUGGCUUGAUGGGGGUCAUUCAGAGAUCCAUGGUCAAGGCCUGCCCACACAUUUGGUUCGAACGCUCAGAAGUCAAAGAUAGACAUCUAGUGGCCAAAAGAUUGAAUGACCAUGUAGAAGAUAAAUCUAAACUGCCCAUUCUCAUUUUCCCAGAAGGUACCUGCAUUAACAACACAUCAGUUAUGAUGUUUAAGAAGGGCAGUUUUGAGAUUUGUGCCACAGUCUACCCUGUGGCCAUUAAGUAUGACCCCCGAUUUGGAGACGCCUUCUGGAACAGCAGCAAGUUUGGAAUGGUGAACUACCUGUUACGUAUGAUGAGCAGCUGGGCCAUCGUCUGCAGUGUGUGGUACCUUCCUCCCAUGUCUAGAGAGGAGGAUGAGGAUGCUGUACAGUUUGCCAAUCGUGUAAAGGCAGCCAUAGCCAGGCAAGGCGGACUGGUCGACCUCCUGUGGGAUGGAGGAUUAAAGCGAGGAAAGGUAAAAGAUACCUUUAAAGAAGAGCAGCAGAAGCUGUACAGUAAAAUGCUGGUGGGGACCCAAGAGGACCGCAGUCGCUCCUGAAGGACCUGUGUGGAGGUGGACUCUCUCACUCGGGCACCUCUGUCUUAAUAGGCAGUCAGCAGGGCUCCGUCUCUAUCGGAGCUCCUGGACUGGAAAAUCCCCUCUCUGAUGUCAACAGUACUCCAUUUGGCUUCCUCGGUCACUGCCUCAGCCAGGCAUGUUCAGUUUGCAGUCGUCGUUACGGGUCACUCUGAGUCUGCUGCCCUUUGUUGGAAUAGCUCGACUGAAGCCCUGCUUGCAUUAGAAUGAAAAUAAGGUGCGCACAGAAAAAGGAGCGUUGUCUUCCUUGUUGGCAGUCUUUUGAGGAAAAACUUGGGUUAUUAUCUAUCAUUGAGUUCCUGUCUUUGUUUGGUAGUUUCGACCUUUUAAUUUUCGUUUUUACUGUCAUGUUUGUAUCACACUGUGUUAAAGUUACAGAUCUGAUUAUACCUGGGACAUAGAAGAGAGUUAUUGUAGUUUGUUUUAAAGCUAAAACCUGUGACUGAGUUGGGGUUUUUGCAUGAACUGGCUUAUGCCCAUGAUUUGGGGCACGGUGCCAGAUUUUGUUACAUUUAAGAUAUUUUUAUGGGCUUUUUCCAAGAGAAAAAAAAACUUGUAUUUUAAGCUUUGUGUUUUACAUUAAGACUUGUACCAACACAUGUGGUCACUAUAGGAGUUACAUUGCAGAUGAGCUAUUGAUAUGUUGUCUGUUUGUGUUUCUUCCAUGGAAUGUGUAAUUUCUCACAUUAUGAAAUGGAAAUCGUGCACCCCACAGUUACUCUGAUGGAGGUUUAUAGACUGAGGCCGAUGUUCCUCCAGCUAGUAAUGCAGCGUAACUGGAGUACAAGGGUUUAUAGUCCAUUCAUUAAGAAUUUAUUUGGCGUGCUUAUAGCAUUGUCCCCUUAAGGCCCAUGGCACAAAGGUAGUGACGUAGGAUAAUGACCAUCACAACUGUGUUAUAAAUUAACAUAGCUCUAACGAUGAUUAGCUGAUACGUAUUCAUACUAAUACACGUCCUAACAGGCCUCAUGUUCUACAUUGGCUUCCUGCUUGUGCAGUGACCAUCUUGCCUAAUUUAUUUUAAGUGAACUCUAAAAGCUAUUGUCUUUAUUUCCCCCCUUCAUCAGUGAUCUUUCUCCUACUUGGCUGCCUCUUGAAGGAGGCUUAAAGGAGAGACUGAGUGCAGCUAUAGUUUGGAUUCCCCGUCAGGCUGGAGUUGAGGAAACACAGUGGGACAGUUUUUCCCAUAGGACAUCAUCCCUCUAGUUUACUGUUAUCAGGGACAGUCCUUUAGAUUGUGUCAGAUCUGUUCAUCAAAAUAAAUGUUCAAGAAUGUGACUCUA